CCGUCUCCUUUAAUAGGGGCGACUGAACACUCCAAUAGAAAGGGACAUUAGAGGAAAAAGCGACCGUCUCUUGCUUUGGGGAUGCGCGUCAGGGGACCACGGUAGCCAAUCUGCUUGAGCACGUAGAUGCUCGUAAUUCACGAGCCCCCUUGCUGUCUCGCGCAGUGCUGUCUUUCCCCACAUAGCAGUGUUCUUGCUGACUCAGUGCCUUACAGCAGUGCUCCCCGUUCUCUCCACGCACCGACCAGAAACUGCGACGCACGUUCCCUCCAGUAGCCUAGCCCACUUCUUUCACCACCAACGCCGCACAAACUGACAGACAUGGCUAAAACAGCAAUUGCGUACAAAGAGAAGAUGAAGGAGAUGUCUGUCCUGUCUCUCCUCUGCUCCUGCCUGUACCCAGAGACACGCAAGAACCUGGUGGGAGAGUUCCAAGCAGGCAUGGAGGUGAAGCCCAUCAACAAGCGUGCCUCUGGCCAGGCCUUCGAGGUGAUCCUGAAGCCCCCCUCUCCGGUGUCGGACACGGCUCACUGCGUCACCUCGCCUCCCAAGAAGGAUGUCUCUCUGGAGGACAUCCAGAAGAAGCUGGAGGCCGCUGAGGACCGGAGGAGAUCCCAGGAGGCCCAGGUUCUCAGGGCCCUGGCAGAAAAGCGGGAGCACGAGAGGGACGUGGUGAUGAAGGCCAUGGAGGAGAACAGCAACUUCAGCAAGAUGGCAGAGGAGAAGCUGACCAUGAAGAUGGAGCAGAUCAAGGAGAAUCGCCAGGCCUACCUGGCCUGCAUCAUGGAGCGCCUGCAGGAGAAGGAGAGGCAUGCCCAGGUGGUGCGCAGGAACAAAGAGCUGAGGGAAGAGCUGACAGCGUGAGCAGGCGAGGGGCGCCACAAACCAUCCUACCCCCC